AUGAAAAAAGAAAACUAUCGGAUAGUGGUUCUCGGCGAUUCGGCCUGCGGAAAAACUGCUUUGGUUCGUACUUCAUUAUUUUGUUUUUUUUUUACUUCGCGAAUUUUUUGUUUUUCUCAGGUGAGAAGGUUUGUAACCGGACAAGCUGUGACCAAUUAUGACCCAACUAUCGAAGAUAAGUACAAGAAAAAGCUCCAUUUUCAAGACCGCCAAGUUACUUUGGAAAUUGUCGACACUGCGGGAAGGGUUGGUCCAUUCUUUUUGCAAUCAUUUUUUGCGGGUCUGAAUUUUUUUUAAAUUAACACUUCCAUUUUUAUUCUUCGAUUCGAAGGCCACAUUUUUAGAAUUCCGAAUUAGUUUCUUAUCCCAAUAAAAAGAGCGAAACUCGAAAAAGUUCUUUUUGUUUGAACUUGAAUUCUAGUACGGUUUGAGCUUUCAGUAAAUUAAAUUGUUUUUUUCAAAGUUUUCAUAGUUGAACUUUCCAGGAACUCCUACCAGACAUGUUGACAAGGUACAUCACAUUUGCCGACGCCUUCAUAAUCUGCUAUUCGAUUGGAAGUCGUCGUUCCUUCGACCAUGUUCAUCACUAUUUCGAGAACAUUUCUCGGCUUCGGCCUAUUUCUCAGGUUAUUUCUCCCCGUUUCAAUCCGGUGGGUCCGUAUAUUUUAGGGUGGCCGAAGAGAAAUGCAAAUUUUUGGGUUCAUUAAAUCGUGUAAAAUGCGAAAGGCGUAAAAACGGUUAUUAAUAGUCAAAAAGGUACAUCCGACCGGUUGAGACAAAUUUAUAGUGGUUUUCGACUCAGUGGGUGCCUUCAAAGUAGGCUUGUCAAAGAUUUACGGGUUUUCGGUCUCAAAAUACAGACUUGAUAAUGAGAGGGGGGCCCGACCAGGUCACUUUUGAAAAACCAGGUUAUUUUUUUGUUAAAGUCAGACUGAGCUUUGUGUGAAAUCACUUCAAGUUAAACUUUACACGGCUUCAAUUGAAAAUCGGAUUUUUUUAUAUAUAGUCACUUCUUCAUGACUUGAAAGGCAAGAUCGGUAAGUUGGCAUAUGUGAAGCGUUGCGUAGGCGACGUUGCUGUUUGGCGGGAAACUUAAAUUCAAACGCGAAUUUUUCGCUAAAAACCGCGUCGCACAAGCAACGCUUCACCCUUGUCAAACUACCCAUUUCGCCUUUUAAAUCGGGAAAGUUGACUAUAUUUCUCACACACCAUUUCUGAAUUGACAGAAUAAAUGUAGGGAAAUGUACAAUCAUUUUUUCUUGUACCCUGAAGAUCUAAAUUGUUUCAAUUUUCCAGAUAGCCCGAGUUCUGGUCGGCUGCAAAUGCGACGCCGAUUACCGGGAGAUCUAUCCCGAAGAAGCCAACGAACUUUCGGCCCAGCUCCAAUGUUCUUUCGCCGAAACGAGUGCCUUCAGAGAUUUGAACGUCAAUGAGGUUGGGUUUCUUUACUGUUCAUUCAAUUCUUAUUGAACUCGGUAUUUUGACCAUUUUUUCUUUCCACUAUGAUUUAAACGCGCAGAAAGCUCUAUAAAAAAAGGAAAAAUGAAACUUUAAUAUUUUUUUAAGCGGGAUAAUGUUCUUUCAAUUUAGUGACAAAAUGUAAACAUUUUUAGAAUAUUUGCGAUUUUUUUCAAAGAAAAAAAUAACUUCUUCAUCUUAUUUUUUUCAUUAACUUUUUUUACCAUUUUUUUCUGAACUUAUUCUAUUUAUCAGAAUAAGAGCAGAGACAUGCGGUUUUUUUCAAAAAUUUCAAAAAAAUAUUUUCUAUUUUUUUAACUCUGUAACUUAAUUUUCAUUCAAUUUAAUGACGAAAAACUAGAACUUUACAAUAUUUUUUUCUCUAUUGUCUUCAUUAAAUCCAGUUUUCUCGGCUUUUUUUCAUUUCCUGCUGUUUAUUUUGUUGAAAUUUUCGAAAGACUCCUAACUUAAAAAAAUAUUUUUUUGGGUUCAAAAAUGUCCAAACUGUAUAAUUUUUCUUCCAAGUUGAAACCAGAAUUUUGAAGUGUUUGCACUUUUUUUCAUUGACUAUACUCUUCAUUACCUGAUUCCCUCGGCUUUUUUUUUUGAAUUUUCGUGCUUCAAUUUUGUUGAAAUUUUCAGAAGCUUCAUAACUUGAAAAGUGUUUAAGACUUUUAAAUAUUAUUUUCAUUCCAUUCAAUGACGAAUGACUAAAAAAAUUAAAAAUUUUAGAAUAUUUGCCUAUAUUUUUUUCCUUUAAUAUAUUGGAAUUAGAAGUUUAUAAUGAGACCUUGAACUUUGAAUUUGUAAAGACCAACCUCAGAGGAAAUAAAGAAUAAAGACUGAUUUUGAGUUGAAAAUUCGGAUCUAAAACUAAAAAAACGAAGGUUUUCAUAAUGCCGAAAAAUUUUCUUUUGAGUGAUGUCAAAAAUAAUCAGUAGUAUUUUAAUCAUAUUUCAAAAUUUAGGUGUUCGAAGAAUGCGUUUCCCAGCUCAACUACAUUUCGAUUCUGCGCCAAAAAUCGCGGCCAGACUCAAAAAUCCGACGUCAUCUUUCUCGCCAACUCCCCGCAAUAACCUCUAUCAGCCGCCCGAAAAUCAGUGGUAUCCCUCGAAAGGCAGCUCUUUUUGUUGUUUUUUGUGAUUUCUCGGAGAAUUUGAGUACAACCAGAACUGCCUCUUUAUUUUUUUAAUUGUUCACUUUGAUGAAUUUUUUUGAAUGGUAUAUUUUUCUGAGCGUUGAAAUUAAUAAACGGCGGGGGAAUGACAGCUUGUGAAAAACUACAAAAGUUUUUUUCACAAAUCGAAAUUCUUGAAACAUUUUAGUGAAAAGGAGUUGAAUUAAAAAAAUUCUAAUGAUGAAUUUUUGGCUUGAUGGAUUUUUUUCAACUUUAUUAAAUUAUUAAAAAGUCCUUAAAAUCAUUAAAGGCAUAGGGGCAGUAAAAAAUGGGGUUUCAGAUGAAAGCAGUAUCUUAUAUAGUUUUUCUUUGCAAAUCGAAUGGUGUACUCAAAAAAAUUAAAGAUGUGACAACUUUAGAAGAAAAACGCGAUUUUACUUUCCCGCUUUUAUUUUUGAAAAAAGCUUUGGAUCGGUGCUCAGACAACUGAUUACAGUAGCCGUACACGCGAUGUUGCGGACGUCUCAUUAGACUCGCAUUUUGUGAGAAAUAAUAUCUGCUAUCUGCUUCAAAUUAAAGAUUUCUUCUCUGAAAAAAACAUUUAAUCAAACAAAAAAACACAUUGAUAAUAAAGAAAAACACAAAAAUAUCGCUAUCCCAAUCGAAACCUGUGUAAAAAUCGUCAUUUUUUUCACCAAAAGAAGCAUUUUUUUGCGACCAAAGUUUGCAAAUUAUACAUGAAUAGAAAGUUUUUUUGUGACGAAAAGAACUUUGGUGUUAACAGAAAAAAUUGAAAUUUGAAAGAAACGAAGAAAAAAGCGAAAAUCCGGAAGAUGGGAAAGCCUAUUGUCCAUAGAGCAACUUUACUGCAAAGCGCUCUUUUCGCGGGAACUCAAGAUUUCCUUCCUGCGACUUUGAAUUAUUUUUUCUCCAAAACUAAGAAAUUCGGUACGUUUUCAAGUUUACCGUUCGAUUCGCAAUGAAAAGCUCUACAAAGUACUGCUUUGAACUGAAACACCGUUUUUUUACUGCCCAUAUGCCUUUAAAUCAACCGCUUCGCAGCCGUUACGCGCCGAGCCAUUCCAAGUGCGACCGUUUUUUUAAAGUUGUUACGAGGAUAGUAGGCUCACCGAGAUCAACAUUUUUCGGGUUGCCAUAGCAAAAACUCGAAUUUCGAGAUCAAAAAAAUUCAAAAUUUGAAAAAGGUAACUGAAUACACAUUCAACCAGCUGAUAAAAAAAAAUUAGUCAAUUUUAUUCAAUCGGGCUUUUUAAUGAACGUUUCAACUUUCAUUCAAGAAAAUUUAAAAAAUUUACAACUAGAGAAAAAAAAAUUGGAUCUUCCAGGAAAGUUCCAAAAUCGGAAAAAAAUAUUCGAUACUUUCUACAACAAAAUAAAGACUCUACUCGGUGUGAACUCUGAACGCUAAGAAUCCUAAAAUACUCGAAAAACUCAUCCCAAUGUUACAAAAGCACGCCGACAGUACACAAAUACCGAACCAGUUACACGCGAAGAAGCUCGAAAAAAAAAAACGGUUGUAAAAGACGUGCAAACAAGACAAUAUUUGCGCCGAGCCCAAGAGGUCGAAAAAAGGUUCGAUUUGUACCGAAAGACCGGAAAACCAACCGGGUAUAUAAGCCCUGGAAUUACCUGGAAUGAACAACUCGAGUCGACCCUCGGAUUCUUCACUUCCACUACCAGAAAAUGUUCGCCAAGAUGUGGGUUUUAUUGGUUUCUUUCUGCUUUUUGAAAUUUUUUUAAAGUUUCGAUUUUGUGUACCUUUUUAGGUCUUGUAGUUUAACCUUUUUUGAAAGUUUUACGUUAGAACUGAAAAUUUCAGUUUUGAGAAAAUUUUUGAUAGUAUAGUCGAUGUGCCACGAAUUGAAAUUUCAUGGAACGACACUCCGUUCGGUGGCCUUGUGGCCGUGAAAAAAAUCAAUGCCUUUGCGGAUCUCGGUCACGCUUUCCCCUUUUAUAAUUUGCCGUUUUUCAAAUACAUUUUUCUUCGAUAAUUCUUUAGUUUUAUGAACUUUUUUUGGCAGGGCAAUGGAAGUAUAAAGUUUUUUUCGGAAUGCCAAUAAUUCAAACAGUGGAUAAAUAAGCAGUGAAAAAAACUUUAUAUUGACUAAAACCGAUCUCUCUAUUUCAUAGUGCGUACACGUCUUCAUUUUAUAAGCCACUCACUUUCUGAAAAAAUCCAUGAACCACUGCAACAAACAGAAAAAAAAACGAUGAAAACAUUAAAAAAUGGCUUUAACAAAAACACACUUUUUUAUCGCUCUUUUCGAGGAAGAUCAUGAAAUUUACUGUGUUCUUUCGUUUACAUUUUUACAACGCAAUCCUUUUCAACAAUAAUAGUACAUUUUAAAGAAAUAAAACAAUUGAAAAAAGAUCAAAAUUAGAAUUAAAACCAAAAAAAAUUAGCGUGGCCGAAGUUGGCAAAUUCGCACGAUGCGCGCUACCGCACAUAUCGAAACAGCGGAGUGUCGUUCCAUGGAAUUUCAACUUGUGACACAUCGACUAUAUUUAUCCGUUAAAGCUUCAGCUUACAGUGUAUAAAAGCUCCUUUUUUUCCAAAAUUUUCUGGAGUAAGAUUUUUGCAAGUUGAAAAUAAUGUAUUUUAAGCAUAUUUCUAACGUCUAAAUGACCAAGUUUUCAUGUUAAAUUCUGCAGGUUCUCGCUGCUCGCCGUCCUCCUCGCCGUCUUCGUCGGCUCCCAACAGCAGGUCGUGGUCCCGACUUACGCCGCCGCCUAUUACCCAUCAUACUACUCUCCCUACGCUGCCUACGCCGCCUAUCCGGCUUUCUACGGAUGGGGAUCCAACAAGGUAUGUGAUCAAGUUCAAAAAUUCGUUCCGUGAGCCUUUUAUGCGGAGUUUUGGGAAAAAAAAUGCCGCCAAAACAGCCAUUUUUUAAUUCUGAGCUCGAAAGAUACUUUAAAUUUACUUGGUACCUUUCCGAGCUCAUCUCCAUUUUUAAUAGCUUCUUCUUGAAGCCUACGAUAGCUUCUACAAGGCUAGAGAGCAUUAAAAAACAAGAGGGUGGUUAGAGUAACAAGAAGACCCCCACCCUCUCAUUUUUCCACGCUCCCUAACUUCCCAAUAUUCUAAACUUCUUAUUUCACCUUACCGUUUCCAGGGACAAGCCGCCGGAGCCGCCCCAGCCGGACCCCGCCCCUCGCUGCUCAACAACAACAAGCCAUAA